AUGGAAGAAACAAGGAAGCUCUCUCCAAAGCCGUGUAAAAGCAAAGAAGCUGUGAAAACAGAAUGGGGGUCUCAGAGUGUUGUAUUUACAUAUUUCCAAGGGGAUAUUAACAGUGUGGUAGAUGAACAUUUUUCUAGAGCUCUAAGCAAUGCCAAGAACCCACAAGACCUGAGCACAAAGCACAAAGGCGAGACUGUUGUGCUGAAGAAUGUAGAUAACAUGUCUCCCCAUCAGUGGAAUUUCUCUUCACAUUGCUCCAAACCAUAUCCGUCAUCAUCUGCAACAAGCAUGUCAAAUUCUGGUCUCAAUUUUUCUGCUGCCGGUAUGGCAGGCCAGUACCAGCCACCAGCUCUGCGGAGUCAUCCAACUCAACCUGCAGAUUUAUGGUCCUUCCCUUCGAUUGGGACUCCCAGCCUUGCCAGUUCGGUAUAUCAUCAUGCCUUGCCUGACCUGCACGUGGUAGAUGAACCAAUCUCUGACAGGAAAUACGGUUCUCUUCUUGGUCUCCUGCAACAGGAAAGGUGCCUAACAUCCAUGCAAGAAUGUACCAUGAAGCAACACUCAAGUUCUGCUUGUAUGACUGGACCUGCUAGGUUUCAAAAUAUAAGUCAAAGUUCAGUUCCUGGGGGAGAGAGGAAAGCAAGCUCUUACCAAGGCUCAGAAAAUCCCAGUGUAAGCCAUGCCACUGCAGGUAUUCAGAUUCAUGACAGAAGACGAGAUUUAUACUUCUAG